CCGAGCGUUCCAUACAGGCAACAGUCGAGAUUUACCAUGGGAACCAAGCGAAAUAUGUAGUUUCUUUGUUAGAAAAACGUAGUUUAACACGCUACAAAUGAGCUGUUGUUUAACUACAGUCAUUCUUUUGGGCAUUUGUCGGCCCUAAAAGUGUUCCGAGGGCAGUUUUGACGUCGGGAAACAAUGAAAACCCGGGAUUCGGCGCCGCCACUUCAUGUCCACGUACCGGAGACCACACCUGUACAUGUUCAUAUGAGAAGGAGUCCCAGCAAGACCCCACAGAACAGGACAAAAGAUGCCAUGGGGAAGGGAGAAGGAAGGAGGUCAAAGGGCCGGGCGCCAUGGAUUCCUCCAGGAAGACUGUCCUCCAGAAGAGAUGUGGGCUCAUACACGUGUCAGGGAAGCAGAGGUCAGUAUCACUCCGAAGAUGAGACGGGCGUCCAGCGUGAUGCAGACGAUCAGGAAGAAGAGCUGGCCGCAGUAUCCAAAAACCUCAGCGUCUUACUCAGAGAGCAAGAAAGUAACCAUCGAUCAAAGAAAGGAGAUGCUGGUGCUCAGGGCAGGAAGGUGGAUGUGCUCCUGAGAGCGCUCGUAGAAGCAGAGAUUGAUGGUGUUGCAGUAGCCAAUCAGCUGACAACCCUGAAGGAAAGUAUCGACAGCCUCGCUAAGGAGAAGCGGCCUUUGAAGCUGCACACGGCUUCACUUGGACGGCAGCAGGAGUUGUUGUUAGAGAAGAUAGAGAUGUUUGACCACACGAACCACAACCUUCGAGAGCUCCUCAGAGAGUGGAGUGAACAAGAGAGAGAAUCGCUGGUGUGGUCAGAACAGAAAGAUGCCUUGAAGAUCAGAUUGGCCGACACCGAAGCAGAGAACAUUCGACUUUUAGCCAAAUUCACCGACAAAGAGAAAGAGGCCUUCAAGCUUGCCGAGCAUUUGGAUUUUGAAAAGGAGAACGUGAAGACGACGGAGGAGCUUUCAAAAGUUCUGGAGUCGACCCGCGACCAUCUGGAGUCUCAGCUGAGCAGAGCAGAGGUGGAAAAAACACACCUGACUGCUCAGAUUCAGAGGAUGCAGCAGAGCUACAAGCAGCAGUACAAGGAGUUCCUGGCUCUGCAGGAGGAGCUGCAGACUGUGAAGCAGCAGCGGAGGGAGGAGGAGCAGAAGCAGGACCAGCAUGACCAGGAGGCUCUGGCCCUUCUUACCCAGCAGGCCGAGCGAGCCGAGGAGUCGGCCAAGCAGCUCGCCGCCAAACUGCAGGAGAAGGAAUCCCAGCUGGCCGAAGCUCUGUCCACCUCCAGGGACUGGUGCCUCCGUCACUCCAAAGAGACGACGGCUAAAUCACAGCUAGAAGAAGAAAUAUCUGCUCUCAAACUGCGGGUGAGCGAGCUGAGCUCCCAGCUACGCUCAGCGGAGGAGAAGAGCCGGGCGGAGAGAGACGAGCUCCGAGAUCAACUUCAACUUGUCAGUGCUGAAAACGCCUCCACUAAACUGGACAACCAGAGACUCACGGGUCAGUUGACGUCGUCUGAGGAGACUCUCAGAGUUUUGCAGUCUGAAGCCCGACGGCUGAAAUCAACGAUCAAAAAGCACGAAAACCUGGUGGAGAAAUACAAGAAGAAGGUCCAGUCGGCUCGUCUGGAAUCGGAGGAGUGCUGCCUGAAGCUGGAGGCGACACAGAAGGAGGCGCGGGAGGUGAGCUCCAGCCUGGAGAGGGAGAAGGAGCAGGUGAGGAGGGAGCUGCUGGGCCGACUCAGAGAGCUGGAGACGUUGCCCGACCGACUGAAGAGGACCGAGCAGCAGCUGCGAGACGCCCAGCAAGACGCCGACGUGCACCAGAGGAGGAACGUGGAGCAUAACGCCGCCCUGUCUGAAGUUAGACACAAGGUGGAGCAGCAGGGCUCUCAGCUGGAGGCGUUUCAGCAGAGGAACAUGCUGCUGCAGGAGGAGAACAACGUGCUCAAGGAGAAAAAUUACAACUUAGAGAGGAAGCUGGACGACAUCAAGGUAGAAAACAAAGAGAUGUGUGACGCUCUCAUCUCAAAGGAUGCGAAUGUUCGCAGCGUUCAGCAGCAGCUGGAGGAGAAGGUCAGCGAGUGCAGCGUCCUGUCCAGGCAGCUGCAGCAGACUCUGGACGACGCACAACGACAGGUGGACGACGGCUUGCAGAGAGUUUUGGCGAAGGAGAGAGCGUCUCAGUCUAAAGCGCUGGACCUGCAGAGCCAGCUGAGCCGAGCCAAAACGGAGAUGAGUCAACUGCAGCGAAGCAAGCAGGAGAUGGAGCGUCGUUUCCAGAGUCAGCUGCAGAACCUGAAGGACAGACUGGAGCAGUCGGACGCUACGAACCGCAGUCUGCAGAGCUACGUUCACUUCCUCAAAACCUCGUACGGAAACGUGUUCGGCGACUCUUUGCUCACGAGUUGACCGCGGAGGUGUCGGGUCUGAACG